UAGAGCGGCGGGGCGGCGGCGGCGGCGGCGUCUGGCGGCCGAGAUAGCGAGUGAGCGAGCGAACGAGUAGCGACCCCGGGGUCUAGGGAGCGAAAAAGAGAAGAAGGGGAGCGCUCGGGCGCGAGCGAGAGAAACCGCGAGCGCCGGGCCUGGGUUCGCGCCCCGGAACGGCUGAGGAGCUGCCGCUCCCCUCCCCCUCCCCGGGCCCGGGCCCAGCGCGCCAUCCUCCCCUCCCUCCUCCCCUCCUUCCCUCCUUCCUCCUUUCCUCUCCCCCUCCCCCUCCCCGGUGGAUGGGAGUGAAGGACGGAAGAGUGCGCCUGCGGAGGCGGCGGUGCAGCGCUCGGGUGGAAUGAAUCUUACUUGCUGAAUAUCUCCUGGUUACUGGUUGAAUUCACUUAUAAAAGAAUCAUCUUCUCCUGCGUGGAAGUCACUUAGUGGAAUAUUUAAUUACAAAUCCAGGGAUUGCAAAGCCUUUUGAUUUCCCAGAGGAAGGGGACAUACCACUAUAUCAAAUAAGCUUGACAUUACAGCCAAAAUGGUGCUGUCCCAAAGACAACGAGAUGAACUAAAUCGGGCUAUAGCAGAUUAUCUUCGUUCAAAUGGUUAUGAAGAGGCAUAUUCAGUUUUUAAAAAAGAAGCUGAAUUAGAUAUGAAUGAAGAAUUAGAUAAGAAAUAUGCUGGUCUUUUGGAAAAAAAAUGGACAUCUGUUAUUAGAUUACAAAAGAAGGUUAUGGAAUUAGAAUCAAAACUAAAUGAAGCAAAAGAAGAAUUUACAUCAGGUGGGCCUCUUGGUCAGAAACGAGACCCAAAAGAAUGGAUUCCCCGUCCACCAGAAAAAUAUGCAUUGAGUGGUCAUAGGAGUCCAGUCACUAGAGUCAUUUUCCACCCUGUGUUCAGUGUUAUGGUCUCUGCUUCAGAGGAUGCUACAAUUAAGGUGUGGGAUUAUGAGACUGGAGAUUUUGAACGAACUCUUAAGGGGCAUACAGACUCUGUACAGGAUAUUUCAUUUGACCACAGUGGCAAGCUUCUGGCUUCCUGUUCUGCAGAUAUGACCAUUAAACUAUGGGAUUUUCAGGGCUUUGAAUGCAUCAGAACCAUGCACGGCCAUGACCACAAUGUUUCUUCAGUAGCCAUCAUGCCCAAUGGAGAUCAUAUAGUGUCUGCUUCAAGAGAUAAAACUAUAAAAAUGUGGGAAGUACAAACUGGCUACUGUGUAAAGACAUUCACAGGACAUAGAGAGUGGGUACGUAUGGUGCGGCCAAAUCAGGAUGGCACUCUGAUAGCCAGCUGUUCCAAUGACCAGACUGUGCGAGUAUGGGUCGUAGCAACAAAGGAAUGCAAGGCUGAGCUUCGAGAACAUGAGCAUGUGGUAGAAUGCAUUUCCUGGGCUCCAGAAAGCUCAUAUACUUCCAUCUCUGAAGCAACAGGAUCUGAGACUAAAAAAAGUGGCAAGCCUGGGCCAUUCUUGCUAUCUGGAUCCAGAGACAAGACUAUUAAGAUGUGGGAUGUCAGUACUGGCAUGUGCCUUAUGACCCUUGUGGGUCAUGAUAACUGGGUACGUGGAGUUCUGUUCCAUUCUGGGGGCAAGUUUAUUUUGAGUUGUGCUGAUGACAAAACCCUACGUGUAUGGGAUUAUAAGAACAAGCGAUGCAUGAAGACCCUCAAUGCGCAUGAACACUUUGUUACCUCCUUGGAUUUCCAUAAGACGGCACCAUAUGUGGUUACUGGCAGUGUAGAUCAAACAGUAAAGGUGUGGGAGUGCCGUUGAUUGAGUCUCUUUUGGCCCCUCCUCCUGAUUUUCCUCUGGAUGCACUCUGAUGAUACCAUGGUUACCCUAUUGAGCUCUGUUUAAAUAAAUAUUGUCCUUUCAUGUAAAUUAUUCUGGAUGUAGAUUGAGCUUAUUAAAUGUUACACACAAAGUAUUCAUGCAUGGUGAAUCCAAAUUGUAUACUGUAAAUUUACAUACGUUGUCUAGAAGUACCAUAGGGUUUAAAAACCUGGGCUGGCAUUGGUCACACCAGGCCUAAGAAGGCAGAAAUUGAAUAAUUGAACUAGGGCACUAAGCUGAAUAAAUUGACAGUGUCAUUUUAUGUUGGAUUAUUAA